AAGAAAUCUACUUCAUUCUUACUCAAUUCAUGGUAUAAAGAAGCAUUAAAGAGGGCUAAAAAGCAUGCGUGGAACUCAUCUGCAGACAGAAACUAAAACUUUGAACAAGAAAUAAACUGAUCAUGGCUGCUCGUGGACAUGCUGAGUUUAAUGUUGGGAAACCAAUGAAUUGGAGAGCGUUAUUUGUUAAAAAUGAUAUGAAUGAGUCCGAAUCGAGCAGUGCCAGAAACUUCAGCUUCUGGUCAAGUGAUCAGAAUGAUCAGGUGCAGAAUUGGAGUAAUGACAGUGCUGUAGCUGAGCAGCAGGGUUUAUUUCAGGAGCUGGGCUAUGGUGUGGCUCAUCAACAUCCGGUGAAUGUUGGGAAUGAUUUGAUGCUGAAUAAGUACUAUGUUGAUGAGGAGGAGGAAGGGUUUGAGAGAGAAAUGAGAGACUUGGAACAACUCUUGUCGAAUUUGGACCCUUUGGCUCAAGACUAUGUGCCCCCUAUGGUUGAUCAUGCUGUAAACCCAGUUUUACAAAAUUCUGCACCUCACUUUGGUUGUGUUGCUGAUGGUAAUACUUGGAUGCCCACUAAUUCUCGUGUUGCUGCAGCUAGAAAUUACGAAAAAAAGAAACAGACUGGCUCUAGUCACGGCAAGGGAAGGGCGAAUGAUCAAACUACAAAGGCAGAAAGGAAAGAGGCUAUCAAGAGGACUGUUUUUGUUCCAGACAUUAAUAAUCAGGUUACUGAAGAAGAACUAGCCGAUCUCUUUGUUAGCUGUGGGCAGAUUGCUGAAAUUCGCAUCUGCGGAGACCCAAAAUCUAUUCUCCGCUUCGCCUUUGUUGAGUUCACUGAUCAGAAAGGUGCAAAAAAUGCUCUGAGAGUCACAGGUAAGAUGCUUCGUUGCCAAAAAGUCAAGGUUCUGCCUUCAAAAACUGCGAUUGCACCCAUUAACCCUAAACUUUUGCCCACGUCUGAAGUUGAAAGGGAGAAAUGCUCAAGGACCAUCUAUUGUACGAAUAUAGAUCCUAAGGUUAUUAGAAAGGAUAUCAAACACUUUUUUGAAUCCAUCUGUGGAGAGGUUGUUAGCAUGAGGGUGCUUGGAGACAAACAACAUCCAACUCGUAUUGCAUUUGUGGAGUUCGUGACGGCUGAGAGUGCAGUCGCAGCCCUUAACUGCAGUGGUGUUAUCAUUGGAUCAUUGCCAAUAAGGAUAAGCCCGUCGAAGACUCCUGUCAAAUCACCCAAUUCUAUAAAGGGUUAGGAACCAGUACUGGGCCCUGAAUCAAAUUUCAGCUAAGACGAUGUUGUCAUAUAUCUACAUAGUUACCGAGAUAUGUGGUACAGUUGCCCAGUAUCUCUUCUAUGAUAAGGUUUCUUUAAAGUUUGUUAGUCAUGUUGAGUUUGGUUAUGGUGCAUGUUAAGCUAGACUUGGUAAGCUUUGUCAAAGAUUUGAAGUGCUAUGCUUUUGGAAUGUUUUUAACAUGAAACUCCUUGGAAGUGUAUGUUCAGGGGAUUUUACCCACCCCACAUUUUCAGUGAUAUGUAUCUGGGAUGCUC